CCCAUCGACUGGAUCCGUGGGUUCGUGCUUGGUGGCUGACAGCUUUCUGCAGCAUUCCGCUUCCCAUCACCACCCAUGUCUUAUCUUAUCUCGAAGGACCUCGUCACGAGAAUGUUGCUGGCAUUUUUUCCCCAACGCGGGAUUUCACCAAUGACGACGAUCGACAAAGUGGGUUCCGUUCGACAGGUCUAGAUUCCCAGAUCCACGGCAUCGAUGGAGAAUCCGAGUAAUCGAUUCAGCGGAGUUGGUGUGGUUGCGAAUAAUAAAAUGAAGAUGGGCAAACAUGACAAGUGUGGCGCGCGCGCGGCGGGCGGAGAGUUCGGGUUCGAUGGAGCUUCCCAAGGCCCUAAAAUUCUCUCCCUCCCUCCCUCCAGCUCCAUCCCCGGCUAUGCAUCAUCCAUCGUCCGCUUGCAUCGGCUUCGUGAGGCUCGGCCAUGCCGCGGUCUUGCCCUGCCCGACCACUGUGGCCUCCAUGCUCGUGAAAUUCGGGAAUCGUCCACACGUCCAUGUCCACAUUUCGCUCUUGGGCAGAGGAAGGAGGAUGUGGUCAACGGAGCCGAGUCGAGCAUUUUGAGUGUGAUAUCGCCCUACAAUUAUGCCCAGGUUCCCUCGAUUCAAAGAAUUGCUGGCGGGCGUUGGGACCGGCGAACGAUGAAAAGGAAAAAAAGCAGAUGCCAUGCUGGAGGGGGGGUUGUGUCAGAACUGAGAACCAUUGGCCGAAUAAGGACAAGUCGGUCGCCUCUGACUUUGAUGAUUUCUUUUUGGAUUGGUGCAUUGUGUGUGGUCGAAAUCUUGGAAGGCAGGACAGUAGGGGAAUUUUACCGUCGGCUAGGCGUGAGGAGUUCGCGAGCAGUCCGUCUCGUCAGCCUCGGAAUCGUGACUUUGGCCACAGUUCAGCACGAUUUAUUAUGAUUAUUAUCAUUAUUAUCAUUGGGAACCACGGACAAUUAUCAUCUUCAUUGUUAGGCGACACAACUGUAGCCAAAGCAGAAUAGGAAUGACAACUGUAGGACGAAUCCGGGCAUGAAGGUGAAACCGGC